CAUACCAAGUCUUCGGAACUGGCACAAAGCUUAUUGUUUCUGACAAAGGAAAUUCUCCACCGGCACACGCUGAAAUCCUGCAGAAUACACAUGAAAAUCUGACAACGUAUGUUUGCCUUAUUGAGAAAUUCUACCCAGAGGUUAUUCGGGUCACAUGGACCGAAGGGGAAAAUAAGGAGGUAACACAAAAUGUAGUAAAAGGAGACGCUUUGAAGCUCGCAGGCAAGGAUAAAUACUCAAUCAGCAGCUGGUUAACUGUACCAGCAGAGAACAAAGACAGGAAAUAUACCUGCAAAUACGAGCACGAAAGCAAAGUGGAUUCACUGUCAACACAAGAUGAUACAAAGCCUGCUCAUCAGGAAGAGGACUGCAUCACAUAUCCUGGAAACGGCACAGUUUUUAAUGGAGAUCACUUAAUGCACAGGACAGCAUAUUUAGUGUACAUCGUCCUCCUUCUGAAGAGCUGCAUGUACUAUCUCAUCGUACUCUUCUUCAUCUACAGAAUGUGGGCUCCAACCAAGCACCGACGAAAGAAAGCAUAG